AUGAAACCAUGGGGAAUUCGAGACACAUCAGUUGAAGGCUAUCUCAAGGAUCCAAUUGGCAAGAUUGAUUUUACAAUAAUUCAAGGAAACAUGGUUUCAUGGGUGCAUGUUGUUUCUCUAAUUGAAGUUAAGUCUACCUUGAAUAGCAAAACCAGUCACUGUGAAGCACUUGGACAGCUCAUAGACAGAUUUACAACUAUUUUUGACUUACAAAAAAUUGACCAUUCAUUAUUGGAGCUUUUUGUGGAGACUCAAAAGUUGAAUUUAUGUGGCAGAAUCGAGAGAGGAACAUCAACAGUCAAUGAACAAGGAUCUUUUGUCCUUAGUGGAUUUAUGAAUGACAAUCAUGUUGUCCUCAAGGUUUGUGAUAUUGAUCAUGAAAUAAACAUACUUCAUCAUCUUCUACUUCAUGAAUAUGAUUUCAUUCCCAAGGUUAUCAAAUUUGGAAACCUUCCUGAGAACAAAAAAUACAUGGUAAUGACACCUUUUGGUGAACAUCUUGAUGUUGGUAAACAUGGCUGGCAUGGAAUUCUCAAAGCUUUUCAAGAUGUUGCUGAAGCUAUGAAGUUUGCCAGUAACUAUGGCAUCCUACAUUGUGACAUUUCAUAUGGAAAUAUUGUAUUCCAUGAACAACAUAGCUAUCUCAUAGACUGGGGUGUUGCAGUAGUAGGAUCACUAGAAGUGGAAGAUGCCUUAACUGGUACCACACAGUUUCCUCUGUUACAACUAAAUUGCAUGAGAAAAAAAAAGUUCACUCACACACUUGAUGAUGACAUUGAAUCUCUCUUUUAUACAUUUCUAUAUGUAGCAUGUGAUGGUGUGCUCAAGUGGAAGAAAGAUGCAAUGAUACAACUUGCUGUCAAUCUAUUGCUUUUGAUGCAUCAG